GUCGUCGAUACAAUAUUAAGAAUCAUCGAUCGUAAUACUGUAUCGUAUGAAACUGUCGAGUACGUUCUCAACAUUCCUCCAAUUAGCGUUUUACAUUUCGCGAAAGGUAUUCUUUGAUUGGCGCACUUAAUGGACCAAUUACGAAGCGUUAUUUCUUAUUUGGAACAAUUUGCACCCCCAAUGUAUGUUAAUUUGAAAAUUUUGAAUAACCAUAGUAUCUUUUGUUGUUACAAAAACGAUUUCUAUGUCUUCUCCUAUUCUUGUACGUAUAAAAAGCGGCAUCUCCUGUUAUAAAUCAAAACUAGCGACGGAUGUAACAAGCAAUAAGUAAAUAACACUUUACUUCCUGUCAUUCUUUAUCAAAUUUAUUUUCUGCUACGAAAGGCAGCAAGUACCAUCAAAAUAACUUGUUUAUGAAAAGUAUCAUACAAAAUGUCCGACAUUUCAAAAGGAUACUGGUUUUUCGAAACGUCCGAGGUGGAGAAAAAAUAUACCGUUGUUGAUUUACGAAGCGAUACACUUACCAAACCGACUAAAGCGAUGCGACUUGCUAUGUUCAACGCAGAAGUAGGGGAUGACGUUUACGAGGAAGAUCCAACAGUAAAAAAAUUAGAAGAAAAGGCUGCGACAUUGAUGGGGAAAGAAGCUGCGCUUUUCGUUACUUCCGGGACAAUGGGAAAUUUAAUCGCCAUUAUGACUCACUGCGACGUACGUGGAAGCGAAGCUUAUUGCGGCGAGGAAUCUCAUACGAUUUUACACGAGCAAGGUGGUGCUGCUCAAUUAGGAGGUGUAACUUUGUGUCCUUUACCAAAUAAACCUGACGGAAGCUUCGAUCUAGCGUUACUUCGAAACAAACUUCGUAACGAUAGAUUGCACGAACCAAUCUCGAAAUUGGUAAUCGUAGAAAAUACGAUUAAUGGUAAGAUCGUGCCACAGGAUUGGAUCAUAGAAUUGGCUGGAUUAGCCAAAUCUUGCGAUCUUAAAUUACAUUUAGAUGGAGCAAGAAUAUGGAAUGUUGUAACGGCAUCUAACGUGUCGGCUAAAGAUCUCGUGUCUGCAUUCGAUUCGGUCACGUUUUGUUUAAGCAAGGGUUUGGGGGCACCGAUCGGUUCCUUAUUAUGCGGAGACAAAUGCUUUAUCAACAAAGCAAGGAGAAUACGAAAGGUUUUAGGUGGAGGAAUGAGACAGGUUGGUAUUAUCGCGGCUGCUGGACUCGUGGCUCUAGAAGAAAUCGUACCUUUGUUGAAAGAAGACCAUAAAAGAGCAGCUCUCAUCGCACGAGCGAUCAACGAUUUAAACUCCGAAACGUUCACCGUCGACGAGAAAACUGUACAGACAAAUAUAGUUUUUGUAAAUAUACGUUCUAAAUUCAUAACUUCGGUGAAUUUUGCAGAAAGGCUUCUACAAGUUCAAGAGGAUGUGGAGGACGAUCGAAUAAUGAUAAAAUGUUUGCCUCUAACGAGAACGACCGUUAGAUUUGUCUUAUACCAUGAAAUUACCGACGCGAUGCUGGAAGCGGUCAUACGUAAAAUCACCUACGUUAUCAGAAGUAUGGAUGUGAACGAAUAAUCGGCAUAGAUCCAAUAAAUGAAUGAACAACGAUCUGAUGUAUCAUUAAACGUAGAAAAGUUUUGCGUUUAUAUAA